AUGUUAUGGAUAAAUGUAGUUUUGCAGGCAGUUUUGGCCUAUACGAUAUCAGCUGAAAUUUCAAUUAUCGACAGCGGAAUAGGAUUUAUCCAAGAAGAUGAUAUUGCCAUUAUAUUUUACAUUACCGUGAAAAAUAUUUGCAAAGACGAUUUGGAUUUGUAUGUGAAUAUGGUUAAAUGCUGUGAAACUUUAGAUCCGGACGAUAUUGACUGUUCUUCUAUGACUCUCAUUGGAGGCGAUAUGGGAGUUUUACCAUCGAAGAACGUUAAAAAUCUAACUCUGAUUUAUCCAAAUUUGUAUGUGUUCAAUCGGCGAGGGGUUUGUAGCAUAAAAAUCUCUUAUCGCAGCGAAUUGAAGAAAAAAGAACUUAUCACCGAUGUUAAAUUUGAUACUAGAGUGCGAAAUUUCAAAUGUGAAUCUAACGAUUUGGAUUUCAGAAAGAAUUGCAAUCCUGUUGAUUGUUUGAUAAAGUACUCUGGUUUAAUUAGUUAUUUUAACGCAGACUGUAAAAAGUGUCGUAAAGUUCCAAAAUGCACGUCAUAUUCUCCAUUCACCAACGAAUGUAUUGACCAAAAAAGAAAAAUUGCAAAAGAAGACUUAGAAAAUCUCCAAACAAAACAGUCAAAUAUCAAUCAAUUAAUGAAGCUAAAUGCAAUUUGUCAUUAUGGGAAUGUUACUGAAGAUGGCCAAUGUAUAUGCAACGAAGAAUGGACCAGUAACACAGAAGAUGAAGAAAUUUAUGAACCAAAUGUUGGGCAGAUCCAUUUAUGCAACAUACAAAUAGGAGAUUGGUCCUGCAUUAACAAAAAACGACUGAGAAUAACGAUUAUUUUAAUAGCUUUAUUCGCUAUUACAGUAAUUUCAAAAAUCCUAUUGCUUAUGUGUGUCAUGACGUGGUGUUACAAGCACUUCAGACAGCCUGAACCUGAAAAAGCCACGCCUAUUGGCUCCGAUGACUUGAUGAUAUUAUGUAACAAGCUCGAUAAGGAAGACAAAUGCAAAUGUUGCCAACAUAAUGAUGAAAUAGCAGGCAAAAUGAAUGCCUUACAUUCGCAAAUAGUAAAUGUGAGCUAUUAUGCUGCUAGUCCUAGUAUGAUAUCCAGUUCACCCGGAAAUACUACUUCAAAAAAUAAAUCUUCCACCUCAAUGUCCAUAUCCUUUUCAUACAGUGAUAAUACUAGUCCAACUGAAGAAAGUGUCAAUGAGGAAACAGUAUCUCAUAAAAAUGAAAAUACUGGAAAUAAAAUUUCUUAUGGAGUCUUUUGUGAUAUGAACGAGGAGACCGAUGAAGAAAUAGAGUUUGAAGAAGAAGAGGAAAAAGAUAUUGAUGUUGAUGAAGAAGAAGACUCAAUUGAUACGACUGAGGAUAAAUGA